GGACGGUUUUUGUGGUGCAGUGGGACAAGGUCUAUCUCCAGGGGAAGGAGGACAUGGGCAGCUUCACCUUCCAGGCGGCCCUGCACAGCUCCGGGAGGAUCGUCUUCGGGUACAAGGAGAUCCCCGUCCCGGUCCUGCAGAUCAGCGCCUCGCAGCACCCCGUCAAAGCUGGCCUCUCCGACGCCUUCACCGUCCUCAACCCCGCUCCCGAUGUGCCUGAGUCCCGCCGCCGGACCAUCUACGAGUACCACCGCGUGGAGCUGGACACCAGCAAGAUCACCAGCAUGUCGGCCGUGGAGUUCACCCCCCUGCCCACGUGUCUGCAGCACCAGAGCUGCGAAACCUGCGUGGGCUCGGAGCUGACCUUCAACUGCAGCUGGUGCCACGUCCUGCAGAGAUGCUCCAGCGGCUUUGACCGCUACCGCGAGGAGUGGCUGUCCUACGGCUGCGGGCAGGCGGAUGAGAAGACCUGCGAGGAUUUGGCAGAAGGCGGCCGCUAUUCGGCUCCCCCCGAAACCUCCUCCUCGCCGCCAGACGGGGACGUCACCUCCCCCACGUCCGCACUCUUCAUCGGCAGCGGCACCACAGAGGACGACACCAAGCUCAAUCAGUACGCAGGGAGCGAAGGCGCGGGAAGCAGCCUUCCCUCCACACAAGCCGGGGCCCCCAUCCACACCGGAGCCAUCGUGGGCAUCGUGCUGGCCGUGGUGGUGGUCGCAGCUGUGAUCCUUGCUGGGAUCUACAUCAACAGCCACCCCACCUCCACCGCCGCGCUCUUCUUCAUCGAGCGAAGGCCGCACCACUGGCCCACCAUGAAGUUCCGAAAUCACACCAACCACGCCACGUACGCGGAGGUGGAGGCGGCCAGCCAGGAGAAGGAGGGCUUUGUCGAAGCAGAGCAGUGCUGA